AUGCCUCCAAAGAUGACUCCGGCGCAGCGUCACCGAUCACACAUCCUCGCUUCCAGCGUAGAGGCACAAGAGGCUGCGAUCAUGGAAUGGCGGGCAAAAUCACAGGAGGAUGAAAAGACAUUGCGUUGUAUCUCUUCAAAGAUAAAGGGGCAUAAAAAGUCUGUGGAAAAGACAAGACGUGGCGGUCGCUGGCUGGCUGAACAUAAUUCUCUUAACCGAGAAGCAAUUUCAUGUGAGUUGGAUUUUGAGAAGGCAUGGACUUCUUGUGCUGCUCUGUUGCCAGAGGUACUCUCAAGGGAGCGGGAUGGGCAAGAGUAUCGAUAUGCGGAGCUCCUAAAAAUGUUAGGAACACCUAUUCUGAAUCUACGUAAGCAAUUACACAGUUUAUCUCAAGAAAAGGGCAAUCAUAUAUUUGAGGAUUUAGAGACAAUGCGAAAAGAAUUAUUAGCACUACGAGAUCAUUUCUCUGAGGCCAAAAAAAUGGUGGAUGCUGAAGCAGAAGAUUUGCUUCAGAGACAAGGGACGGAGGAAGAAGGUGAGGAAAUGAGUCAAGAAAUGCCUUUGGAGGUUUUUCAUAAAGAGGUUCAAUCCACCAUGGACACCUUUGAAAGUCUCUGUGCUGAGAAGUGUGGGAAUGAACAUAAGGAUUUGAUAGAAACAUACCGAACUGCCAUUGAAACGGAAGUAGAAAAUGCCAAAUCUCAGUUACUUCGUAUUAAAGGGGCAAGUACUGCAAAUAUCUUUCCAACGGGAGAUCUUCGUACAGUCUCUUUGAUAAUGAAAACGUUUAAUAGUGUGCCUGAAACUGGAGGAGAGACAUCAACCGUUUCCGAAGAUCUUUAUAAUAACAUUCAUCAAAUUCUUCCCCAUCUCCCUCGCACAUCCCUGCGGCUUGUUGUGGACGAGGUCCUACGGCAAAAGCGGGAACGCGUACAAGUGCGGUCUAUCAUGCUUUACUACAGACGGAAGAUAUCUGAACUGCUUGAGUCUUUUGAGAAGGCUAUUGCCGCAGAGGAGGAAAUUGUGAAGUUGCAGGUUUCUAUUCAAGAAGAAAGUAGAUUACGUGGGGAACGUCAACAAAAGACACAUGAGGAGUUGGCUCGACUCCGCGCCUUACGUGAGGAAAGAGAUGCCAUUCGUCGUAAUGAAGAAGAGGCGAAGAGAAUGGAAGAAGAGAAAAAACAACAAGAAAUACUUCGUAUUCGUGAAGCUGAAUUUCAAGAACGUCUGAAACGAUUGCAGUUAUAUCAAGAACAACAAAAACUUCUUCAGGAAAAAGAACGAGCCGUUCAACAGGCAGCGGCAGAAGAAGAAGAACUAAAAAAGAUGAUGCAGAGGGAACAUAACGCCAAACGUGUAGAGGAAAGACGCCUGGAAUAUGAGGAAAAAUGUCGUCAGCGGAAGAAACAUCAACAAGAAGUAGAGGAACUUAAAGCAGCUCGUGAGAAAAACCUCGAGAAUUUCUUUAAGGGAGUUGAACGACGAUUAGGCGUUACAUCUGAUCCGGAAAGAGUCCUGCAGGGAACUGUUUCGAGUCAACAGAGUGUUCCUUUUGUUUCUUCUUCACAGGCGGCUAAAGUUACAGUUAAUGGAUACACAAUGAAUGAUGUGAUGAGGGACCCACGGUUUCGCCUUCAAAUCGCAUUGAUGGAAGCAGGAUUACACCAAACUCCUUACGGGAGAGAAGUUAUGUGCAGAGGCUUUCACGUACCAGCAGCACAGCGACCUAGUGAUGAAAAUCCAUUCCGCAUGAAGUAUUAA